UAUUCUGCUUCUUCCCCCCCUUAGUGUGACUCCCCGCUCAUUUCUUGAAUCCCCACCAUCUCCAUCAUCACUCCAUCUCUUUCCAUCUUCACACCCCCUCUUCUCUGAAUCAGAGUGCCCUCACCUUGCUGCCUUGCCUCCACUUUCUCUCUCAUCCAAAAUUCUGAGACCACCCUAUUUCCUCUGUCUUUCUCCGCUCACUCUCUUCGUUUCCCUGUGGCCCUCCCCCUCCCUUUUCAUGUUUCCCCCUCCCUCCAUCCUCGCUUUCCCUCGCUGGUUCGGUUAGUCAAAGAAGAGAUCCACAGAAGGAGAGAAAAGGGGGGAAAGGCAGGACGAGAGCGAGAGAGUAGGAGUGGGGCAGGCUGGGGAGCGGGGUGUGGGGGUCUCAGCCCUCUGUCGUGGGGGGUUGGGGGGGUUGAAACACACCCCGAUAUUUCGUACUAAAUACCAUGGACUGCCUCUGCAUUGUGACUACAAAGAAGUACAGGUACCAGGAUGAGGAGACGCCCCCCUUGGAGCACAGUCCAGCACAUCUGGCUCCUGGGAAAAGUGCCGAAAUGCUACACAUGAGCGACAAGAACCUCGCCGCCAUGGAGGCCAUACAUGGCUACACGCCACAUACGCAUAUCUCUCCUGUCAAGCCAGUGUUGAUGUCUACAGGUCACACUCCAAUGUACACCUCUGCUGUUUCCACACUGGGAAAUAGUCCUCCUGUGGUGGUGAACACGGACACAUUAGAUGGAUCGCCAUAUGUGAAUGGAACGGAAGGGGAAAUCGAAUAUGAGGAAAUCACACUGGAAAGAGGAAACUCAGGCCUGGGUUUCAGCAUAGCAGGGGGAACUGAUAAUCCCCAUGUGGGCGACGACCCUAGCAUCUUUAUCACGAAAAUUAUACCCGGAGGAGCGGCAGCUCAGGACGGACGCCUCAGUGUGAAUGACUGCAUCCUCUUUGUGAAUGAUGUUGACGUGAGAGAGGUGACACACAGCCAGGCUGUGGAGGCUCUUAAGGAAGCAGGUGCUAUCGUCCGGCUCUACGUUCUCCGUCGGAAACCGGCGGCGGAGAAAAUCACUGAGCUUAAACUUAUCAAAGGGCCUAAAGGCCUUGGUUUCAGCAUUGCUGGAGGAGUGGGAAACCAGCACAUACCUGGAGAUAACAGCAUAUAUGUCACCAAAAUUAUAGAGGGCGGAGCAGCACAUAAAGAUGGACGUCUGCAGAUCGGGGAUAAGAUCUUAGCGGUAAACAACGUGUGUCUGGAAGACGUGAUGCAUGAAGAUGCAGUGGGAGCGCUGAAGAACACAGCCGAGGUGGUGUACCUCAGGGUGGCCAAGCCCAACAACCUGUUUCUGACCAACUCUUAUAAUCCUCCAGAUCUCACCAACACAUAUUCCCAUAUGGAUACCGAGCUUAGCCACCCCAACUAUCUUGGCUCAGAUUACCCACAAGCCCUCACUCCCACCUCACCAAGUCGUUUUUCACCUGUUCUGCAUGGCCUCAUGGGAGAUGACGACAUCCCUAGAGAACCUCGCAGGGUUCUGAUUCACCGAGGCUCCACGGGUCUGGGAUUCAAUAUUGUUGGAGGAGAGGACGGAGAGGGGAUUUUUAUCUCUUUCAUCCUAGCAGGAGGGCCAGCUGACCUCAGUGGAGAGCUACAUAAGGGCGAUCAGAUCCUCAGUGUGAACGGCGUGGACCUGCGAAUGGCCACGCACGAGCAGGCAGCCGCAGCUUUGAAGAACGCUGGCCAGACGGUGACAAUCAUUGCUCAGUAUAGACCAGACGGUAAAGCUCAAACCCUAGUACGUAUACACGAAAAGGUUUCGUUGAUGAAUCUUUCAAAUAAGAUUUCUGAUUUGCCCCUGUCAGAGUACAGUCGUUUUGAAGCUAAGAUCCACGACUUGAGGGAGCAGCUGAUGAACAGCAGCAUGGGCUCUGGGACGACUACGUUAAGAAGCAACCCAAAGAGGGGCUUCUACAUCAGGGCUCUGUUUGAUUAUGACAAGACAGCGGACUGUGGCUUCCUCAGUCAGGCGCUCGGCUUCAGGUUUGGUGACGUUCUCCAUGUGUUAGACUGCGGGGAUGAGGAAUGGUGGCAGGCGCGGAAGGUCAGCCCCCAGAACGAGGCGGAGGAGGUUGGCUUCAUUCCCAGCAAGCAUAGGGUGGAAAGAAAAGAAUGGUCGCGUGUCAACACCAAAGAGAGGGAUCACGGGCGAGACACUUUGGGAACACAAGGGAGAGAUAAAACAUCGCACAGUUAUGAGACCGUCACCCAAGUGGAAGUUCACUAUGCGAGGCCCAUCAUCAUUCUGGGUCCUGUGAAGGACAGGAUAAACGACGACCUUUUGUCUGAGUUCCCUGAUAAGUUCGGCUCGUGUGUUCCUCACACCACGCGGCCCAAACGUGAGUAUGAAGUGGAUGGGCGGGACUACCACUUUGUGUCUUCGAGGGAACAGAUGGAGAAAGACAUCCAGAGCCAUCGCUUCAUCGAAGCAGGCCAAUACAACAGUCAUCUGUAUGGCACCAGUGUCCAGAGUGUCCGUGAGGUGGCUGAACAGCAAGGGAAACACUGUAUUCUGGACGUGUCAGCCAACGCUGUACGACGACUACAAGCUGCUCAACUCCAUCCUAUUGCCAUCUUUGUGCGGCCCAAGUCAUUGGAGAAUGUCCUAGAGAUUAACACUCGCCUGACGGAAGAACAGGCCAGGAAAGGAAUGGACCGAGCCCUCAAGCUAGAACAGGACUUCAUCGAGUGUUUCUCAGCUGUCGUGGAAGGGGAUAGCUUUGAAGAGGUCUAUCACAAAGUAAAGACAGUGAUCGAGGAGCAAUCAGGGCCUUACAUUUGGAUUCCUACCCGAGAAAGGCUGUGAUGCCCUCCCUCUCUGCGUAUCAUCUACCGACUCACACAACCCUUCACCGCCGAGCAAGCCUCGCCUCCUGGGCCGUCCUCCAGAAAAGUCAGUGCUUCAAAGAAGAAGACGGAUGACAAAACCACAGGAAGUGACAGUGGGAUGAUACCAGAAAAAAAACUGACAGACGCUGAUGUGUAAUUAGACUGAAACUGACUUUAAUUAGUAUUCCACUUUCACGAGGCGGGGCUUAGUUCUGAGGCCACUUUCACACUUGCCAUUAACUCAUUCAGUGCCAUUGCCGGUGAUAGACAUCCAAGAGAGAGGACAGGAAAGACAUGGGUAUGACAGGGCAGGGUGAGUGUGACAUUUUAACUCAUUGGCUGCAAUUGACAGCGACAGAUGUUGAAUCCGUUUCGACGUAAUUGGACGUCUGUCUCCGUCGGUCAGUUAAAAAGCCAUUUCACCCAAAACUGGGGACACAGAUGUCUUAACGUUGGUUAUUGGCGUGAAUUCUCUUGCGUGCGUUCAGGAGCCACCUCAGUUUUGCUCCCUUAAUAUCAAGCCGAGUGAAACUUUCCCUGCGUACGCUUGGAUCGGAAUUCCAGAUGCAUUUUGAUGUCAAGUGUGAACUGAUUCAUAUCUCAUCUAGUCUUGAAACAGUCUGGAGAUAAAUCAGGUUUGGGAGAUUUAAAGGCAGUACAGGGUGACAGGGAUGGAACCCAAGCUAGUUUGAAACUUACACCUGUGAUGAAGGUGCUCUUUUUUUGUAACCCAUCAACUCUGCCUUGUUUCAGGAAUGAAAAUAAGUGGAGGGCGGUCAAGGUCAACUGAGAACAGGGUGCCCAGAUCCUGCUGAGAGCCUCAAGACCACAAGUCUUCUAUGGGCUAAUCAUUUUUUUCUUGGCUCUGAGGGUAAAUAAGGAAAACACAGCCUCUGUGACACUGAUCAUAAACAUUACAAGGCACUAUAUAGUAAAAAAAUGAUUAUAAUGAAGGCGAAAAAAUUGAAUAUGCAUUGUGCAUGCAUCCUCAAAGACAAUGGAAGGACAGGACACAAAACAUUGAAAGCUGUAAGGAAAAAUCCUUUAUAAAGGGUAAGUUAGGUAGAGUGUGGGCAAGUUUCUAAGCAUGUCUCGCGAUGAAGAAGAGAGACACGGUAACUUGUGUGCAGACCAGAAAUUAUCGACAUACAUUUAGCCUCUUAUGCACACACUCCCACGCACGUCCUCACACUCGUGCACCCAGAAACUUGUAUCAUUGUAACCUCAGCUGUAACUUAUCACACCCCUGGACAAGGGUGACGGGGGUCUUUUCUGACCUUUGUCUGGUCACAAACCUGGAUGAAUGUUAUCACUCUCUGGGCACAAACAACAGAGCUUGAACACAACCAUCACUCUUCCGAAACAGUCCCUCAGCCACAGACAUUCACACUGUCUCCUAUAGUGGCUGUACUAAAAGCCAUGGUGUCAUUGUGUUGGUGUGAGCGCAUGUGUGUGCGUAUGUGGGAGGUGUAGAUCUACUUUUACUCUCUUGCUUCCAGUUCUACUCUGCUUUCUCCCUCUUGCGACCAUACACAUUAACGCUAAGUCACAAAUAAAUGAAUAAAUGGUCGAUAUAUAUAUAUUAUAUAUAUAUAAAACAAUAUAAUAUAUAUAUAUAAUGAUUAGAAAUAUAUACACAUAUAUCUUUUUUAUGACAAUUUCUUACAGGACUAUAGUCUGUAUACAAAAAAAAAAGAAUCUUCAAACACGUUGAUACCUUUAUUUAAAUUUGCAGUUUGGUUUGUGGUAUAUAUUCACACUCAAUAAAAACAAAACUAGACAUGUCAGGCAUGCAGUGAAGAAAAUAAGUAUUUGAACACCCUGCUAUUUUGCAAGUUCUCCCACUUAGAAAUCAUGGAAGGGUCUGAAAUUUUCAUCGUAAGUGCAUGUCCACUGGGAGAGUUAAUCUAAAAAGAAAAAUCCAGAAAUCACUAUGUAUGAUUUUUUUUUUUAACGAUUUAUUUGUGUGAUAAAACUGCAAAAAAGUAUUUGAACACUGAGAAAACGAAUGUUAAUAUUUGGUACAGUAGCCUUUGUUUGCAGUUACAGAGGUUAAGGAUUUCCUGUAGUUUUUCACCAGGUUCGUCAACAGGACUACUGCCUGUCAGCGCUGCAGUGAUGUGUCUGCGCGACAUUCCUUUUGGUGCAUUCGAUACAGCAACGCGACACUCCUGUUGGUGCUUUCGAUACGGCAAUGCGAUGCUCCUCUUGGUCCGUUCAAUACAGCAACGCGACGCUCCCAUUGGUGGAGAAAAGUGAGCUUGACUCCUGUGCUGAUUUACUGAAGCAACAUUCCUCUGCCAAUCUUUGCAAGCACUGCAAUAUUCAUAAUUAUCUGUUAUCUAUAAUUAUCUAUUUACACUGAAAACAAGGGAAUUUAACUAGUUUUAAGGAGGCACGUUUUUGCAGUGUAGCUGCUCAGACACAGAACAGUUCUAAUGUUUGAGUUUGAUAUACUGUCCUGCCAUUGUAAUUGUUCAUUAUGUGUUAUUUAUAGGGCUGUCAAACGAUUAAAAUUUUUAAUCGAGUUAAUUACUGCUUAAAAAUUAAUUAAUCGUAAUUAAUCGCAAUUCAAACCAUCUAUAAAAUAUGCCAUAUUUUUCUGUAAAUUAUAUAUAUAUUCUGUAAAAUAAAUUGUUGGAAUGGAAAGAUAAGACACAAGAUGGAUAUAUACAUUCAACAUACGGUAUAUAAGGACUGUAGUGGGCAUUUUGAAACUACAAAAAAAAAGUACACAAGCAUUGCAUUAGCAACAACGUUAGCUUAGCACGCUAUACAGGUUCACUAAACAUUAAAAAAAAGCGUCUCAUACAAAAAAUAUAACAUUUCACUUACUAACAUAAUAUGUACAUUCUUUACAACAACCAUACUUACGGACAAAUCUUGUCCAAGGAUCAUAUAAGCACAACAUUACAACGUAGGCGUCAGCCCGAGACGUCAUGCAGCCAUAUUGAACUGGCAAGAAAGCAAUAAACCAUGUCGCAAAGCGACCACAAGAGUUCGCUAUUAGACAGCACAAAAAACCUUGCUGUAAAACUUACCAAAAGGCAGAAUACUGUCUGACAUGGGACAGUGCGGGACAUGUGCGUUAAUUGCGUCAAAUAUUUUAACGUGAUUAAUUUAAAAAACUAAUGACCGCGUGUUAACGCGGUCAUUUUGACAGCCCUAGUUAUUUAUUAACUCGCCCAUGCCACAAUUGUACCUUACCCAGACCAAAGUAGGGCUCUUCUUAUGGACUCUCACAUAUAACAUAGUACACAUCUCAUGAACAAGGAGAUUUUGGUCUUUUCCAUUUUAAGUGGGCCAAAUCAAUUAAAUUAAAACUAAACUGAUGAAAAAUGCCGCUGUAAUUUCAUUCUUUAAAUAAGCAAUGUAACUGGCUCUGAUCCAAGGUUUUGAACAGGCAUGAUACUGGUGUGAGGCCACCUGUACACAUCUGAUGUUGCUCACUGUGGUCCGCAGUGUGCUCAGGGAGCUUGUCUGUCUGCUCAGACACAUGAAAAAUUAGAGGGAACAUUGCCCAUGACUCCUCUGCAUGAUCCAAAUGGUCAUAGGAAAAUUUACGACAGGCCUUGACAUGUGCUGGUUUAAGCAGGGGAACCUUCCGUGCCAUGCAUGAUUUCAAACCAUGACGUCUUGGUGUAUUACCAAGAGUAACCUUGGAAACGGUGGUCCCGGCUCUUUGUAGGUCAUUGACCAACUCCUGUCGUGUAGUUCUAGGUGGAUUCUUCACCUUUUUUUUUCGGAUCAUUGACACCCCCGAGGUGAUAUCUUACAUAGGGCUCCACUCCGAUUGAGAUUGACCGUCAUGUUUAGCUUCUUCCAUUUUCUAAUUAUUGCUCCAACAGUGAACCUGUUUUUUCCAAGCUUCUUGGUAUUGCUCCGUAGCCCAUUCCAGCCUUGUGGAGGUGUACAAAUUUGUAUCUGCAGUCUUUGGACAGCUCUUUGGUCAUGGCCAUGUUACAAGUUUGAGUCUUACUGAUUGUAUGUGGUAGACAGGUGUCUUUAUGCAGCUGCCGACCACAAAUAAGUGCAUCUGAUUCAGAAUAAUACAUGGAGUGGAGGUGGACUUCUAAUAGGCGGACUAACAGGUCUUUCAGGGCCAGAAUUCUAGCUGAUAGACAGUUUUUCAUACACUUAUUUGCAGCUGUAUCACACAAAUAAAUUGUUAAAAAAUCAUGCAUUGUGAUUUCUGGAUUUUUCUUUUUUAGAUUAUCUCUCUCACAAUGGACAUGCACCUACGAUGAAAAUUUCAGACACCUCCAUGAUUUCUAAUAGGGAGAACUUGCAAAAUAGCAGGGUAUUAAAAUACUUAUUUUCUUCACUGUAUGUUGAAAACCAAUGAAAACGCAGGAGAGAGGCACGCGUGCAUUAAAGUGACAUGUCAAAACUCUUUCAUGCCACUGUAAUAUCCCCAAUUGCUUUUAAUUUAUACUAGAAAAAUAAGUAGUGUGCAUAUUUGUUCCAAGGAAAGCGGAAGAUGUGCACACGACCCUGUGCAAUAUAGCGAUGUUGUUAUGCAAUGAAGAAGGUUCUACGUGCGUCCAGAUUUUAAAAUUAUUUAUUGCACUGAAAGCAUUUUAUGACGGUUAAAAAAAAAGACUAAAAAAAUGUGAAAUGAUUUCAAGGUUUUAUGAGCAUGUGUUUGUGUUUGGUUCUUUUUCAUUUAACUGAAUUCUAAGAGUGCAGGUAAAGUAUUGAUUGAUCGGUCAUAUUUGUCGUUGAUUUUUUGCUCACUGACUUCCUCCGGCUCACGGUGGAACAGAUGGAACUCGUUCAUGACGAAUAUACAUUUAUGUUUUGUUUAUUUAUUUGGAAGUGUCUGUAUAUUUUUAUAUUAUUUUCCACAUUGAGAGAGUUUUUGCAGUCUCGCUGUAAAUAUAUGACGUCGUACCGGCUUUAGAUUUAACUGUGGACGCUGCAGGAUUGACGCAGGGUAUUGAAUCCAACAGCCCAGUUUACCAGCUCCAACAUAGAAAACAUCUGUAUUCACACAGAUACACACGAAACAAAUAUAUUAUAACUAUCAUCCAAUCACAUCCAUUAAUAGAAUGUUUUCAUUUUGUUUAUUUGAGGGUUCCGUGUAUUUCUAAAUUGCUCUCAGCCAUGCAUACCAUAGAGUGAUAUUCCUUAUCAAAAGAAAGUAUAUUAAUUUUUACAGAAAAGACUGAUUAUAACAAAGUUGACUGAUGCAGAAAACUAUAUUUAACAAUGACAAUAUCGAGCAAAUUAAAAUGUUCCAAUUCCGUGAAGCGCUUGUUGUAAAUUAGCUAUGAAAUAAUAAAAAUUAAUUUAAAAUGCUUUUG